ACCGCCACCGUGCUCAUCCUGCUUGUCGUGCAUAAUCUGGUCUCUCCCUCUCUGUAAAAGAAAUGAACAGACCAGGUCAACCCCCUCAGCGACCACCGAGCCUAGCUCCCAAUCCAGCUCUCAGUGCACCCUUCCGAGGCCCAUACCCUGGCUAUGGAAUCCCUUCGAGGAGCGUCUUGCCUGGUUAUCCAAAUCUUGCGAACCACCGGACAGCUCAGAACAUGGUUCCGCAGCCGUCACCCAGUUUCCUACAACAGCAGCAGCGGUCUCAAAGCAAUUUCCCAUUCACAGCUGGUGGACUACAACAGCAAUCACAGCUGCAAGCGCAGCACACAGGACAAACGCCAAUCCCACAGACGCCGCAUCCACAGACGCAGCAACAGUCGGGUGCAACGUCCACUCUUCCUCUACAUAUCGCACAGGCUACUACUCCGAGCCUCGGCACGGCACCAUCGGUAUCCUCUGCAAGUGAGGUAGGUUUGGAUCCAAACGACUUCCCCGCACUCGGCUCCAUUCCCGCGAAUGCGUCGAAUCCGACAUCGAGCACGAACACGACGAGCUAUGCCAGCCAGGCAGGGACGGGCGCGGGAGCGAGCGGUACUCAGGCAGCGGGCGGGGUGGGCGGCAACCAGCCGCGGGACUUUACGCUGGACGACUUUCCUGCCUUAGGCGGGCAGAGUCAGACGGCACAGCAGCAGCAACAGCAGCAACAGCAGAACGCAGACGGCCACCCACCAGGGCUGAAUGGGCUUCAACAUGCAGAUCAACAGCAUCGGCAGAAUCUGCUUGGUUCAUUAACAGGCUUAGGGCAGCCGCCAGUAUUAAACGGGCAGCAACUACCUGGUGUGCUCAAUCUGGGACAAGCGCGAUUCCAGGCGGAUUCGGAGAAGCAGCGGAAUUAUGCGCUUAAACUCAAUCAGAAUAAUAUCAGUACAGCACCGGUUGCAUGGGGUUCUCCAAACGCCAAUCCAAGUGCUCAACAGGCAAAUACGUACCCAUCAGGGACGACAUUGCAGAAUGGUGCACAACAAAAUAACCCAUCCCAGCAGCAAUUGAGUGCCCCCCCGGGAGUACCGCCACCCACGACAUUCGGGCAGCAGCAAACGCAGCCGAUGGUGGCACCACCAGCACAGCAGACACCAUACAUUGGCAAUGGCACAACUGGAGGAGACACGGCACAUCAUCCUUCGCAAGGGCCUGCGCAUGCCACCACUGCAGCUCCGCAAACGCCAGCACAGCAAGUACUAAUGUCACCUGCUGAUCGCUGGGGACUACUAGGGCUAUUAGCGAUGAUCAAAAGUGCAGAUCCGGACCAGAAUCUGCUUUCAGUAGGGACGGAUUUGGGUACUAUGGGGCUCGACAUGCAAACGCAAGGAAGUCUAUACUCCACGUUCAUCACACCGUGGGCAGAUUCUUCGGCGGCGCAUACAGUAGAGCCCGAUUUCCAUCUACCUGCGUGUUACAAUGUGCAGCCGGCUCCGCCAGGGCCAAACAAAGCGGCAGCAUUUAGUGACGAAACGCUCUUCUUCAUGUUCUACUCGUCUCCUCGUGAUGCCCUUCAGGAGAUCGCGGCUCAAGAACUGUGGAAUCGUAGCUGGCGAUACCACAAAGAGCUGCGGAUAUGGCUCACAAAGGAGUCGGGCACGUCCGUAGCGCAGAAGGUGCCUGGCGGCGAGCACGGGACGUAUACGUACUGGGACCCGGAGAACUGGGAAAGGGCAAGGAAGGAAAUGACUGUGCUCUACGCCGACUUAGAGGAGAAGACUCUUCCCGUCUUCGCUCCUGGCCCCACAUUGCAGCUGAACACGCCACAGCAGCAUCAACAGGCACAACCUGCACAGAGGAUAGCUCCCAUGCAGGGUAUGAGCAUUGCCGCGAUGUGA